AUGGAAAGGGGACCGGGACCGCCGCACACCGCCGGAGAGGACACCGCCACGCCACUGGUGGAGGGCGCCAGUGGCCGGAUCUGCUGGACCCGAGCUGCUGCCACUCCACCCCGCUGCUCCUCGCGUGGCGUCCUUGCCGCGCCGCCGCAGCCGGCUUGGCUGCCCUCCCUUCCCGCGCGCCUCGCGUUGCAUGCCCUGCUCGUGCCGCCGCCCUGCUGGGCCCGCACGCCCAGCCUCCGCCGGUCGAGCAACUCGUCAGGUCGCCGCGCCCUUCCAGCGCCGCCGCAUGCCGCCGUCCUGUUGGGCCCACGCGCCUGGCCGCCGCCGGAUCUGUGCCUCCACCGGCCGAGAGCGUCGCCGGUUCGCCACGCCCUGCCAGUGCCGCCACAAGCAGCCGCCCUGCUGGGCCUGCACGCCCGGCCGCCGCUGGAUCCGUGCCUCCACUGGUCGAGCGCCGCGCCGUGCCGCCGCGCCCUUCCAGCGCCGCCGCAAGCCGCCGGAUCUGUGCCUCCGCCGGCCAAGCGCUGCGCCGGGCUGCUGCGCCCUUCCAGCGUCGCCGCAAGCCGCCGGCGGGGGUGCUGGAGGCAUGUUGAGGGGGGGAGGAGAUUAGGGUUAUUGGAUGAGGUGGAUGUAUUUAUAUAUGCCUGGGUCUGGGCUGGGCUCAAUGGGCUGGUUGGUUGA